AUGUACUCUACAUUGCGGUCUGCCUUCAAUUGGCUUCUAGCUGCUGCCCCUAUCUUUACGCAAGGCGCUUCCCUCCAAAAAGUCACAUCUGACUUUGGCCCAAACCCAAGGAAUGUCGGCUUUUACAUAUAUGUUCCAGAUAAAUUGGCUACUAGACCGCCAGUUCUUGUCAAUCCUCACUGGUGUCACGGCGACGCGCAAGCUUGCUACUCGGGGUCUCAGUAUUCGACUUUAGCUAGCAAGUACGGAUUCAUUGUCAUCUAUCCUGAUAGCCCAAAUACGGCCGAUAAGUGCUGGGAUGUUUCUUCUAACGAGACUUUAACACACGAUGCUGGAGGCGACAGCUUGGGUAUUGCUAGCAUGGUGCGGUGGACACUCAACAAAUAUAACGGCGAUCCGAAUCGUGUUUUUGUUACUGGUAUUUCCUCCGGGGCUAUGAUGACUAGCGUAUUACUCGGAGCAUAUCCCGAUAUUUUUGCUGCGGGGUCUGCAUUUGCCGGCGUACCAUACGGAUGUUUUGCCGGGAAUGGUUUUGGUGUUUGGAGCGACGCUUGCGCUACAGGGAAGGUCAAGAAAACUGGUACUGAAUGGGCCGCAUUAGUUAAAGCGGGAUAUCCAGGCUAUACUAGGUGGCGGCCUAGAGUUCAGAUCUUCCACGGAACGAACGAUGAAGUGCUCAAUUAUAUAAAUUUCCAAGAGGAAGUCAAAGAAUGGACUACGGUGUUUGGUUUUAAUGAAUCUCCUACAAGCACGACGCCUAAUACUCCCGUCAAGGGGUGGACAAAGUAUGUAUAUGGUAGCAAUGAUUGGCUCGAGGCCUAUAGCGCUGCAGGAGUUUCACAUAACAUUCAGAACCAAGAGGCUACCGCUAUGGAAUGGUUCGACCUUACUUGUACAGGCGACGACUGCUUUAAAUGGGGACAAGGGGGUCCAAAGGCACGAUAG